UCCCUGGCAGGGGGUGCUGCGGGGCCCUUUGCUCUCCUCUGCACGCCUCCUGGAGCCGGGGUGCCUGCUCGGCGCGGAGCCGCUAGCUCCCGAGCCGCGCCGCUGGUAGCGGUCGGUGAAAGGCCAGCUCGCCUGACCCUCUUCGUUUCUUUCCCCGGAGCAGGCCCCCGGAGCGGAGCCGGAGAUGCUCAUGCACAUGGAUCAGAAGGAGGAACUGCGGUUGUCCCGUCCCCGCUCCUGCGAAGGGAAGAGUGCUCUGAGCGGCACCUCAGCUGAAGAUGGGAUUGUGAGCACGAAUGAAGACAAUGCCCAUCAAGGCAUCCCCAGGCCAGUGGAGCCCAAGGGUUUAUGCUUAGAACUCUCCAAGCAGAACAGUUCCCAGAGUCCUGCACAGGACCCUGUUCUCCCACGCAGGUCAGAAAGGAUUCAGAGAUCCAAGAGCUUCCAGGUUCACUCCAACCUCAUCCAGCAUCGAAGAAUCCACACCAGAGAAAAACCCUUCACCUGCAGCAAACGUGGGAAGAGUUUCCAGCACCGGUCACAUCUUAUUCAGCACCAGAGGAUCCACACAGGGGAGCGGCCCUACAAGUGCGGGAAGAGCUUUUCCGACAACUUGCAGCUUGUCCAGCAUGAGCAGGUGCACACUGGGGAAAAACCCUACAAGUGCAGAACCUGCGGGAAGGGCUUCAGAGAGAGCUCAAAGCUGAUCCGGCACCAGGUAACCCACACUGGGGAGAAGCCCUACAAGUGUGCCGAGUGUGGGAAGAGCUUCUCCAAGAACUCUCAGCUUGUCCUGCACCAACGGGUGCACACUGGGGAGAGACCCUACGAGUGCUCCGAGUGCAGAAAGAGCUUCAGCUUGAGCUCGCAGCUGAUCCAGCACCAGGUAACCCAUACCGGAGAGAAGCCCUACAAGUGUGCCGAGUGUGGGAAGAGCUUCUCCAGGAAAUCACAGCUCCUCCUGCACCAGCGGGUGCACACUGGGGAGAAACCCUACGAGUGCAGGACCUGUGGGAAGAGCUUCAGCGUGAGCUCAGCUCUGACACAACACCAGCGGGUCCACACCGGGGAGAAACCCUACGAGUGCAGGACCUGUGGGAAGAGCUUCAGUGUGAGCUCGAAUCUGAUCCGGCACCAGCGGGUCCACACUGGAGAGCGCCCCUUUAAGUGCACUGAGUGUGGGAAGAGAUUCCUGUGGAGGUCAACCCUACUCCAGCAUCGACGUGUUCACACCGGGGAGAGGCCCUACGUUUGCACCUACUGCGGGGACAGCUUUCGGCAGAGUCCCCACCUCAUCGACCACCGGCGCAUCCAUACCGGGGAGCGACCCUACAUCUGUGCCGAGUGCGGGAAGGGCUUCAGAGUGAGCUCUGACCUAAUCCAGGAUCGAAGAAUCCACACCGAAGAAAAACCCUUCACCUGCAACAAAUGUGGGAAGAGUUUCCAGCACUGGUCACAUCUUACUCAGCACCAGAGGAUCCACACAGGGGAGCGGCCCUAUGAGUGCUCUGAGUGCGGGAAGAGCUUCAGCAUGUUCUCGAAGCAUCAGCACCAGGUAACCCACACUGGGGAGAAGCCCUACAAGCAUGCCGAGUGUGGGAGGGCAUUCUACGGGAACUCGCAGCUUAGCCUGCACCAGCAGGUGCACACUGGGGAGAAACCCUACGAGUGCAGGACCUGUGGGAAGAGCUUCAGCAUGAAAGCAGCCCUGAUACGACACCAGCGGGUGCACACUGGGGAGAAGCCCUACAAGUGUGCCGACUGUAGGAAGUGUUUCUCCAGGAAUGCACAGCUUGUCCUGCACCAAUGGGUGCACACUUCGGAGAAACCGUACGAGUGUACUGAGUGUGGGAAGAGCUUCAGGGAGAGCUCGAAGCUGAUCCAGCAUCUGGUAACACACACUGGGGAGAAGCCCUACAAGUGUGCCGAGUGCAGGAAGAGCUUCUACAGGAACUUGCAGCUUGUCCGGCACCAGUGGGUGCACAGUGGGAGGAAACCCUAUGAGUGCAGGACCUGUAGGAAGAGCUUCAGCGUGAACUCAGCCCUGAGACACCAGUGUGUCCACACCUGCGAGAGGCCUUACAAGUGUGCCAGGUGCAGGAUGAGCAACUUGAAGCUUUCCCGGCACCAGCAGGUACACACAGGGGAGAAACCCUCCGAGUGUACAGAUUGUGGGAAGAGCUUCUGCUGCAGCUCUGCACUCAUGAAACACCAGUGUGUCCGCACUGGGGAGUGGCCCUACGUCUGCACUGAAUGUGGGAAGAGUUUCCAGCACCGGUCACAUCUCAUACAUCACCAGAGGAUCCACACAGGGGAGCAGCUCUAUACGUGCUCUGAGUGUGGGAAGAGCUUCGGAGAGAGCUUGAAGCUGAUCCGGCACCAGGUGACCCACACUGGGGAGAAGCCCUACAGGUGUGCCGAGUGUGGGAAGAGCUUCUCCAAGAACUCUCAGCUUGUCCUGCACCAGCGGGUGCACACUGGGGAGAGACCCUACGAGUGCAGCACCUGUGGGAAGAGCUUCAGCGUGAGCUCAGCUCUGAAACAACACCAGCGGGUACACACUGGGGAGAAGCCCUACGAGUGCAGGACCUGCGGAAAGAGCUUCAGUGUGAGCUCGAGGCUGAUCCAUCACCAGUUAACCCACACUGGGGAGAAGCCCUACAACUGUGCCGAGUGCGGGAAGACGUUCUCCGAGAACUCGCAGCUCGUCGUGCACCAGCGGGUGCACACUGGGGAGAAACCCUACGUGUGCAGGACCUGCGGGAGGAGCUUCAGCGUAAGCUCGAACCUGAUCCGGCACCAGUUAACCCACAUCAGGGAGAAGCCCUACAAGUGUGCCGAAUGUGGGAAGAGCUUCUCUGUGAAGUCGAAACUUGUCCAGCAUCAGUGGGUGCACACUGUGAAGAAAUCCUACGAGUGCAGGCGCUGCGGGAAGAGCUUCAGCUUGAGCUCAACCCUGGCAGAACACCAACAGGUCCACACCAGGGAGAAACCCUAUGAGUGUAUGGACUGUGGGAAGAGCUUCGACCGGAGCUACGCUCCCCACCUCAUCCGGCACCAACGCAUCCACACUGGGGAGCGUCCCUACGUCUGUGCUGAGUGCGGGAAGGGCUUCAGAGUGAGCUCGGCGCUCUUCCAGCACCAGCAGACCCACAGGGGUGGGGGGCACUAGGUGGGGUGAGUGUGGGGAGCAGUGAGGUCUGAUACUCUGUGAGCAAAGCCCGGUGUCUCCCCCUCCCAUUAACCACCUUGCAUGUGGAGGGUGAAAGCAGUUUCUUCCCAGGAGAGUGAGCCCUCAGAGAUAAAGAAGGGGAGAGCCGGUGGAGGGAGCGGAUUGGAGGUUUGGUUCAGGUGCCAGCAGGAAGGUGCCUGACUCCUUUCAGUGGUGGGCAGCCCCAGGAUGAGGAGCAGUAGCCAUGAACUGAAACACAAGAGGUUUGACCUCAACACAAGGAAGAACUUGUUCCGUUGCAGUGGCAGAGCACU